UAAAGACAGCAUACACACUCUCCUCUCUGCCAGACGCAGCGACAAACGGCGGUGUGUGCGUGAGUGAGCGCGCGCGUGUGUGAGUGUGUGUGUUGAGGUUCUGUGCGUAAUUACGCUCAGCGCAUGCAUGCUCUCUGGAUAUCUGAAACACCUCGGGGCUCACCACUUUUCUCUGCAAAGCGGACGCUAAGAGGAAGCGUAAAGUUUUGACUUUGUCGUUUCAAGCAUCAUCGACUCUCUCGGUGGAGCACCAAGGCGGGAGAGAGGACUGGGGAACCUGCGCGCCCGCACGGCGGCCGAACCGCUGGAUGCGAUGGAUUAGCAGCCCCAUCCAUACACCCUGCCCGCUGCUUCAUUUUGUUUUAGUUCCCAGUCCUGACACCGCCUCUCCAUCACGGGAUUAUUUGUCGUUUGGAAGCCGAGAUGACAGAGGAGUGUGUGUUGCGGUGUGUGCUGAUGCUGUGCUGCGCGCUCCUCUCCGCCAACGCCAGCAACUGGCUGUACCUGGCCAAGCUGUCAUCAGUAGGAAGCAUCCGGGACGAAGAAACGUGUGAGAGGUUACGAGGCCUCAUCCAAAGACAGGUUCAGAUCUGUAAGCGCAGUGUGGAGGUGAUGGAUGCGGUGCGCCGCGGCGCUCAGCUGGCGAUCGACGAGUGCCAGUUCCAGUUCCGCAACCGUCGGUGGAAUUGUUCCACUCUGGAGAGCAUGCCUGUGUUCGGCAAAGUGGUCACCCAGGGCACCCGCGAGGCUGCCUUCGUGUAUGCCAUCUCAGCAGCCAGUGUGGCAUUUGCGGUCACGCGGGCCUGCAGCAGUGGAGAGCUGGAAAAAUGCGGCUGCGACCACAACGUGCAUGGAGUCAGCCCAGAGGGAUUCCAGUGGUCUGGCUGCAGCGACAACAUUGCUUACGGAGUGGCUUUUUCUCAGUCCUUCGUGGAUGUGAGGGAGAGGAGUAAAGGCCAGUCCUCCAGUCGGGCCCUCAUGAACCUACACAACAAUGAGGCUGGAAGGAAGGCCAUCCUGGCUCACAUGCGCGUGGAGUGUAAAUGUCACGGCGUGUCGGGCUCCUGUGAGGUGAAGACCUGCUGGAAAGCGAUGCCGCCCUUCCGCAAGGUGGGCAAUGUCAUCAAGGAGAAGUUUGACGGCGCCACUGAGGUGGAGCAGCGCAAAAUGGGCUCCGCCAAAGUCCUGGUGCCUCGCAACUCCCAGUUCAAACCUCACACUGAUGAGGACCUGGUCUACUUGGAGCCCAGUCCGGACUUCUGCGACCAUGACCCACGCACGCCGGGUAUGCUGGGCACAGUGGGGCGCCAGUGUAACAGAACGUCAAAGGCAAUCGACGGCUGCGAGCUGAUGUGCUGCGGCCGCGGCUUCCAGACGCAGGAGGUUGAGGUGGUGGACAGGUGCAGCUGCAAGUUCCACUGGUGCUGUUACGUCAAAUGCAAACAGUGCCGCAAAAUGGUGGAGAUGCACACGUGCCGGUGAUGAACCGAGCGGGAGCAGAGGGCACUGCAGACGAACACAAUGCCCCACGGUCCCCAUGGAAACCGGAGAAAGCACUGAGGACGCCACCUCUGCUGGACACCACCAACGGACCGAGUAGCUGAGAGGUCCACGGACCCCAAAUUCCUCAUAAUGCUGUUUGUGUCUUCUCAAUUAGAAUGCAUCGUUCACAGCCCUUCUCCACUCCUUUUUGUAAUGUUUAACUUAUUUGCUGAGACUGAGGAGCUUAUCUGGGAUUGACUAAGGAGGGGGUCGACACGUAGAGAUAAGGAGGGAUAAACAGCACCCAUGGAUGGGUGGGGUUCUGAGAUUUGGGUCUCGAGGAGGGCUGAUGGCCCUCCGUCCUUGCUGCUGCUGCCGCUUCGGAGAUUCAAUCAGAGUGCUGCACUUCAAGGGAGCGUCCAUAAAGGACGAACCGCAAAGACUGACGCAGUCACACGCGGACCUUCUGCGUGUCAAAGCGCACUGAGCUGCACUGAGCUCCGCUUACGUGCAGACGAGGGUGAAAUGAUUCCACUAUCAGCUCCUUCCUGCUUUGACGUCAACUCGCAGCGUGAGCCACAAAACACACUCACACUCCAAACACACGACUCCAAAAGGUCAGCGCUCAUCAGCAUACGCCAGCUUUUCACAGAGCAGAACAGUUGGGUUCCAUUUUUCCAUUGUCAAAAUUUGUGAGGGGCACCAAAAAUAACUAAAUUGUCCAUCGAUGACAAGCUUCCAUUUACGUACCAAACACACUUCAUCAACAUUGGAACGGAACAGAGAAGCUUUGGGCCGAAAUCCCUCGGACUAGCGUCGGGUCACAUGUUGGGUCAUGAAUGAACACAUGAUCCUCCUUUGACGGUGAUUCCAGUCGAUGCAUUUCACAAAUAAACACUGUUUGUGCAAAAUAAAACACAUCCAGCAACACCCUGCUUAUCGCACUCAAUUGGUCCCAGACCCAACCGUGAUAAGUGAAAUUCCGUGAAGUAGGGUAUUUUUGUAGUUGCUGUGUAGAAAACAUGUUUAUGACCUUCUAAAUACGUUUUUUAACAUUAUUAGAGCCCUCUAGACAGGAAGUAACAGCCCCACUCGUAUGACCUAAUAUAGUAGCGACAAUAAAGAACACAGGACUCCCACGUUCACAUUGGGAGAGUUCCUUGCUGUUCCUGUUCCUGUUCCUGUUCCUGUUUCCGUGCGGUGCUUCAUGCGGUGGCUGGUGUCUCGUCCGUGGAACACGGCUGACAUCCAGUGGCCAGCGCACAAUACAGAAUACGUCUUUGAAUGCGUCUUCCAAAUGCCUUCUAUUUGUAUUUUUGUUCAUUUUGCCAUUUUUCUGUUUGGAAUUUAGGCCCAAAAAUGUGCAAUUUGUAAAAUAAGCAUUUUUGUUGACUAAUAAUAGGCUGCAUUCAACCACAAAAACGGUGAUUUAUGAAUAUAUUUUUGAAAGAACGUGAUAGAUUGAGGAAGUGAAGUUUGAAGUUUGAAAAACCAACAUUGAUAUGAAACAAUAUCUCAUUUCAUGGCCGUAUCGGCAUGCCUAGCUGUUACCCUUUGCUAACUGGGUUAUGUUAGCGUUAGUAGCCGGAGAUCGGGACAUUUGGGCUUCCCUUCUGAGACUGUUGGCCCCCCCAACACGGUCCCGGAUGAGCAGAAGAAAAUGGAUGGAUGGAUGGACGUUUACUGUUCCCUGUUGACUUUAGGGCUGCAUUGAAAAAAUCGCUUGACACUAACAUGCCAUUUAAUUUCUAAACGAUGCCAAUUUUUGUCACUUGUUACUUGAAAUGUUACUUAAAGGAAGACUGCACUUUUUUUUUUACUUUGCCAACCAUCCACAAUCCUGUGGACAUGAACACAUACAGUCACGUGGAAAAAGAGUUCACCCCUUCCUGAUUUAUUUUCUUGGCAUGUUUGUCACACGUAAAUGUUUCACAUCAUCAAACAAAUGUAAAUAUUAGCCAAUGACAACACAACUGAACACAAAAUGCAGUUUUUAAAUGAAACUUUUUAUUAUUAAGGGAGACCAAACCUACAUGGCUCUGUGUGAAAAAGUGAUUGUUAGAACAUAACUGAGAUUAACUGAGAUCCAUCAGUGUGGAAAAGGUUAUAAAACCAUUUCUAAAGCUUUGGGACUCCAGCAAACCACAGUGAGAGCCAUUGUCCAAAAAUGGCGAAAACAUGACAGCCACGACUCAUUCAAGAGGUCACAAAAGACCCCACAACAACAUCCAAAGAACUGCAGGCUUUAUUUGCCUCAGUUAAGGUCAGUGUUCAUGACUCCACCAUAAGAAAGACACUGGGCAAAAACGGUCUGCAUGGCAGAGUUCCAAGACCAAAACCACUGCUGAACAAAAACAACAUUAAGGCUCGUCUCAAUUUUGCAAGAAAACAUCUUGAUGAUCCCCAAGACCUUUGGGAAAAUACUCAUCAUAGCAAGAGUAAAAAAUGGUGGUGGUAGUGUGAUGGUCUGGGGUUGUUUUGCUGCUUCAGGACCUGGAAGACUUGCUGUGAUAAAUGGAUCCAUGAAUUCUGCUGCCUACCAAAAAAUCCUGAAGGAGAAUGUCCGGCCAUCUGUUGGUGACCUCAAGCUGAAAGCAACUUGGGUUCUGCAGCAGGACAAUGAUCCAAAACACACCAGCAAGUCCACCUCUGAAUGGCUGAAGACUUUGGAGUGGCCUAGUCCAAGUCCUGACCUGAAUCCUAUUGAGAUGCUGUGGCAUGACCUUAAAAAGGCGCUUCAUGCUGGAAAAGCCUCCAAUGUGGCUGAAUGACAACAAUUCUGCAAAACUCCUCCCCAGCGCUGUAAGAGACUCAUUGCAAGUUAUCACAAACGCUUGAUUGCAGUUGUUGCUGCUAAGGGGGGCCCAACCAGUUAUCAGCUUUAGGGGGCAAUCACUUUUUCCACACAGGACCAUGUAGCUUUGGAUUAUUUUUUGGCCUUAAUAAUAAAAAGUUUCAUUUAAAAACUGCAUUUUGUGUUGAGUUGUGUUUCAUUGACUAAUAUUUACAUUUGUUUGAUGAUGUGAAACAUUUAAGUGUGACAAACAUGCAAAAAAACAAGGAAGGGGGCAAACACUUUCUUGCACCACUGGAUGUCUUUCUCUUUUUUGUGCGUUCUAAAGAUAUAAAACAGCUAAAAAGAGGGAGGUAAUUCAUGGCACAUUCAUGAUUACAUGGAAUACUUACAGUAUUUUGGUCAAUUUAAGCAUUACUGGAACUUCCUUCCCGGGUGCAUUGAUUCCACAUAGCAACAUAGAAAGGAACGCUACACCUCGCGUCAACUUUUCCAAACUGAACAACAAAAACACAGCAGCAGCGGCAGCAGCUCCGUUAUGUCACGUUACCUUUCGCUGGUGGCCUGAGGCGCUGUGAGAGCGUGUGGCGUAACAACGUUAAUAACAAUCAUAAUAGCAACAAUGUUAAUAUGCAGGCCACAUUAUGCAAACGGGGCGUUGUUGGCGCUUUCUGGAGUUUUUUUCAGUCGGCUUUUUAGGCGGAAUAGCUGCGUCCCGUUACGUGCAUUCUUAGCAGCCUCUUUUUCAUCAAGUUUUGAUAUCUUCAGAACGAACAGAAAAGAGAAAGACGUGUGUUCGUGCGUCACGUGAUCUCACUUCGAAGUAAGAAGAUGGUGAUUCAUAUUUUUUGCAGAAUCUUGCGGCCCUAACUGAACUAACCAAACUCAUCGGCGGGUGUCGCGUCGCUACGAUGCCCCACCACACACGCACACAUCACUGUUCCAAAUUGAACUGAACUCUCCUGCUAUGUGAAAAUGUGGCUUUUACGUAAACAUCCAUCAGAUCGGAUAGAUCAGCCCAGGAUGCUGACCUCCUGGCGUCCCGCACAAACACAUGCAUCAAGCAGACACGAUGCAAACACCAAGAUAAUGAAAACCUUCUGGGGUCUGACGGCAGGUUGCUGCGCACGUUCACCACGCAUGAUGACUGAAGCACUUUCUCUCCAACCGCACAUAAAGCCCUCACCCCGCAGCACGUGACCACGUAUGGCCAACCCGUACCACCGAAGACGCCACGCUUGCCUCAUAAUCAUGUGUUACCUUUAUAACGAUCAUAACGUAGAUCUGUAAGGACUUAUACACUGAAGAAGAUUAUACUGCCUCUGAAUGUAUGUUCAUGCUGAAUAUAUGCUGUGUCAAACAUGCCUGCCGACUGGUCCUUUCCAAACUGCAGCACGGUGGACGUUGCAAGCGGGACAAUGAAGCACGAUGAGCAGAAGUGCUGAAACGCACACGCUAUUCACAUCUGUGCUGAUAGGCGCCUGCAGGCGGCCUCUUGGGAUGCUCACCGUUAUUUCAGUCUGGAACCACUUUAGAAUAAAAGCACAAGAUUUGUUCCGUUUUUUUUUUUUUACCCACGCAGAGAACACACUCCUGGACACAAAAAAUGUCCCAAAAAUGGCCCCCACACUUGGUAUAAUUGGACAAUGUGUGUGUGUGUGUGUGAGUGCACACAAGGUCCUUUGAAGUGCCCCCGAUACCAGCAUGAUCACCUCAAUAGAGUGACUGUCAUGCCGUCAUGCGGUGUGCCAACCACAGACAGCAGUUUGGUUUUUGGACGAUGCAAGGAAGCCACUCGCUAGUCGAGUCUGCGUCGGGUUUGCGAAAGAACAGAAAUGCAGACCACGUGGCACGAGCUUUUUUCUGCAUCUGUUCCUAUCGAAAUUACGCAGGCACACAAGCUAUGUUCUUUGGAUGACAUCGGUUCCUUUUGAAUUCCCACACUGCAGAACAAAGUGUUUGUAAGCGCUCCCGAGAUGGUUGAAAUCAGGUGGGAGGUGGCCACACCGAUGGGGGAAUAAAAGUGUGCGUGUGUGUGUGUGUGUGUGUGUGUGCGCGUGAGGCUUAGAAAGAGACUGACACCAGGAUUUGACCACGUACUGUCAACAUACAUCAACAUGAGUGGAAGAAACCCAAUACGCUACUGCAAUAAAACACGCUGACACUGUGCUCAUUUGUGCUGAUACCAAGGACAGACUUUUCGAGGCUCUUUUCGUGCCACAGAGUGGAAAAAAAAAAUAAGUUUCAUGAGCUUUCAGUCGAGUUUUAACACGGCGGACUAUUUCAUUAUCACAGUAACAUUUUCCAAAGGUGUGCGGCAGUGAUGUACGGUCAGAGGAGGGCCUGUCAUCAUGGAAACACAUGCACAGUAAAUUUCCCCGCUGUGGGAUAAAUAAAGUACAUACAAUACAAUAACUAAAAAAGCAUUGUGAUUUACAGCAUAAAUAUUAGUCCUACAUUUAUUUUAUGUGCAUAUUUAGAUUCAUUCACCAUGAAAACAUACCAUGAAAGGGUUUGAAUGACUUCAAAAAUGUAACAAUGUUAACAUGCUAAUGUUAGCAUGCUAACAACUACCAUUGUUUGUAUAAGUGCCUACCUCUAAAAAUGCUAAAAAUGUCAGUGUAAUUAUGUUAGCAUGCUAACAAGUAUGAUAGCGUUAGGUGUCUGCUUAAGCUCGUUAGCAUUCUAGCAAUGCUAACAUACUAAUGUUAGCAUGCUAACACCCAGCAUAAUAGUGUCUACCCAUGAAAAUAGCAAAAAAUGCUAGUAUGCUAAUGUUAUCAUGCUAACACCUAGCAUGAUAGCGCAAUGUAUUGGGAAGGCUAAAUGUCCUGAGUGCUCUGACCUUUUUUUGUGUGGAGUUAUAUGCACAAAUCCUGAAAUUGGUCCUACCACGCAAUGUUCGAUAAUCCUUUAAAAAAUUCCUGAAUCCAGACGCUGAUCCGGAUCACCCUUUCCAUUGAUGCUAACAACGUGUGCCACUCAGUGCAGCAGGAACACUCCAUUUCUGUCGGCAUGGCUUGGAAAGCUCCACAUUUACACCACCAAGUCGUGCGGGUGUAAUGCCUUCCCCCCCCGUUUUGCUCUCUUCUCGCGGGCUCAGCUUCUAAAACCUGUGGCUCAUCCUCCGUACAUUUAGUCCCAAAAAGAUAAGGUUAUGGAUCCUCAUUUGUUCAAAAGUAGUGGUCUGCGGCGGCUCUCACCAAGUCUGCCAUGAUUAGUAGUUACUUUCUAUGCCGCUAUUGCCGACGGAGGUAGCGUUAGUUCCUAACAAAGGGCUCUGUGAUAUCAAUGCACCAGGAAAGCAAUUCGUUAAUGUCUAAGAUGACCAAAGUACGGAAAAAAUAAUGGAAGUAUUACAUGUUAUCACAAAGACCUUCGGGAAAACACUCUGCGGCCUGAUGAGAUAAAAGCUGAACUUUUUGGAAGGUGUGUGUCCCAUUACAUCUGGCCUAAAAGUAACGAAAAAGAAAAGAAAAAUCCCAACAGUAAAAUAUGGUGGUGGUAGUGUGAUGGCCUGAAGACUUGCUGUGCUAAAUGGAACCAUGUAAGUACUACAUGUUGUACUUACUUAUACUUCAGGGCUUAAAAUAAAUGCAUCAAUUAAUUACAU